AUGCUGGCUUCGUUCUUUGUCUUCUUCUUCACCUUACUCUUCCGACCUUACGUGACUCUCAGUCUUGCCAUCCAUCCCAUCUUUCCUUCAAACAACACCAGCAACAACGACAACAGCAAUAAAAUGGAUAAGGGGUUGCUUCAUUCUGUCAAUUGGAUUGACUUCAGCCGAACCGAGGAAGAUAGUAUGACAGUGGUCGACCAGACAACAUGUCUCGAAGGCAGCGACAGCAUGGUUGAGAUAGAAGGGGAUGCGAGCCCCUAUUUGCCAUGGAGGGAUGAUCAGACUCCAGAGGACAUUUUCGACAUCGAAGCAUAUUCAUCUGACAUGCAGUCAGAAUCAUCGGAACAUGUACAAGGCCACACAUAUUGUCAGUCUCUGUCAUCUACGAACACCGAAGACGUACAGAAAAGAAGGAAUGCACCACUCAUCGCCCAUGCUGGAACAAGAUAG